CGAUGCGUGUCCAAACUCGACUGGCGGUCUCUCCCAAACUUUCUCUCUCUAAAACUCAGCAUUGUCUCAUACAUGAACCCAGAUCUGACCCACAUGCCCCAUUUCCACCUCUCCUCCUCCGAACCCUCUGCGUAUUUAAAUGGUUCACUCUUUCUACAAUGCAAUCGUAGCCCAAAAAUUUAAUGGCCAUGGCCACGGCCACAGUUCGUCACUCCGAGGAUAUAGAAUACGCCCAAUUGCCAGAAAAUGACCGGCUUCAGGCCACCGGAAAAAAAUCCCGGCGUCUUUGGCCUUUCCUUGCCGCUUUCUCAGUGCUUUUAGUUGUUGGGUUUAUUGUUGUUUCUAGAGAGGACGCAGGCAAGGAGUCGCUGGAAAAUCAGAGGCAAGAAACUUCCAGACAAGUGGGGUCACCGGAAGUUGUCCGGCCGAUUUCUAGGGGUAAAUCCGCCGGAGUUUCAGAGAAAGCGGUGAUUUUGGGUUAUGGGGUGUCUCCAUACCCUUGGACCAACGCCAUGCUUGCUUGGCAAGUGACUAGUUACCAUUUCCAACCCGAAAGGAACUGGAUGAAUGAUCCAAAUGGGCCUUUGUACUACAAGGGAUGGUACCAUUUGUUCUACCAAUACAACCCAGACUCUGCAGUUUGGGGCAACAUCACAUGGGGACACACGGUGUCCAAAGACCUUAUCCACUGGCUUUACCUUGACCUAGCCAUGGUUCGCGACCAAUGGUACGACAUCAAUGGUGUCUGGACUGGCUCUGCAACACUCCUCCCCACUGGAGAAAUCAUCAUGCUCUACACUGGCUCCACCAAUGAGUCUGUCCAAGUCCAGAACCUCGCCAUUCCGGCAGACCCCUCCGACCCACUCCUCAAAGACUGGGUCAAGUAUUCAGGAAAUCCCGUACUUACCCCUCCCCAAGAAAUCUUACCCAAGGACUUCAGAGACCCUACUACUGCUUGGCUCGGGAGUGACGGCUUAUGGAGACUCAUUAUUGGUUCGAAGAUCAAUAAAACUGGCAUUUCGCUUGUGUAUAAGACUAGUGACUUUGUGAAUUACAAACUAGUGGAGGGUGUUCUGCAUGCAGUUCCUGGUACUGGGAUGUGGGAGUGCGUUGAUUUCUACCCAGUUUCCCUGACAGAGAAUGUGGGGCUUGACACGUCGGUGAAUGGACCAGGCGUGAAGCACGUAUUGAAGGCUAGCCUUGAUGAUAAUAAGCAUGAUUACUAUGCAAUUGGGGUUUAUGAUGAGGCGACUGAGACAUGGCUGCCUGAUGAUCCGGUGAAUGAUGUCGGGAUUGGAUUGAGGUAUGAUUAUGGGAAGUUUUAUGCUUCAAAGACAUUUUAUGACCAAGUGAAGCAGAGGAGGAUAUUGUGGGGCUGGAUUGGGGAGACAGAUAGUGAGCAGGCUGAUAUCCAGAAGGGAUGGGCCUCACUUCAGACCAUCCCCCGUGUGGUAACAUAUGAUACAAAGAGUGGGACCAAUUUGGUUCAAUGGCCAAUCGAGGAGGUCGAGAGCUUGAGAACAAGCAAUGUGUCAUUAGACAACAUUAAGGUCGAUCCAGGAUCCGUUGUACAUGUGGAUAUCAAUGGUGCCCAGUUGGAUGUGAACGCGGUGUUUGAGGUGUCAAAAGAGGCCAUCAAGAAUACAGAGGCAGAUGUUUUGUACAACUGUAGCACUAGUGGUGGAGCGGCAGGGCGUGGCGUGUUAGGGCCUUUCGGUCUCUUAGUCCUGGCUGAAGAGAGCCUCAGUGAACAAACAGCUGUUUACUUUUACAUUGCAAAAGGAGUAGAUGGCAACCUGCAAACUUUCUUUUGUCAUGAUGAGACCAGAUCAUCAAAGGCAACUGACCUUGUUGAAAGAGUCUAUGGAAGCACCGUUCCAGUUCUCUCUGGGGAGAAAUUAUCCGUUCGCAUUUUGGUGGAUCAUUCCAUAGUGGAGAGCUUUGCACAAGGAGGGAGGACAUGCAUCACCUCUCGUGUAUAUCCAACCCGGGCCAUAUAUGGGCCACGCUUAUUCUUGUUCAACAAUGCCUCUACUUCUGUCACAGUCACCUCCCUCAAUAUUUGGCAGAUGACGUCAGCCCUAAUCCAUCCAUUCGAACAAAGCUCUUGAGACUUCAUUUUGUUAUACCUAUGUCUCCCAUUCUUUCUAUCGUUCUAUUCGAAGUAUUAUCUCCAUCCAAAUUUACCGAAAUAUUCAAAAGAAUGGAGGAUAUAGUCUAAUAGAACUCGAUUUUUCCUCAGUCUCCAUGUUCCAAGAAAUCCCUCUACCGGGCGUGUCCAAAAUAAAACCCUUAUUGUGUAACUUAGCCAUUGCAAUCAGAUGUUGAGAACUUUUUUUCUUUCGAUUUUGUAAUUUUCUUCUUUCUUUUCUA